GGUCCCAUCACUAGUGCAAAGCGAAAAGCAGAGAAAGAAAUAAUAAUUCGUGUUUUGUGUGCAGAGUGCAAAGGGUAAAUAAGUUGCAAUAUCAUCGCAAUAGCCGUCGAGAGCCCCAAAUACCCGAUAAAGUGCCAGGAUUUUUGGAUAUCCAUAUCGUGCGCGCAGCUCCACUGUUUUCCACCUUUGUUGACGUCGCAUUGUCGUCAUCGUCAUCUUGUGACCGUGUCUAUUCGAGUCCGAAAAAAGAAAGAAAAGAAAGUCGUAAAAUAUAGAAAAGAAAACUAGUUGGGGAGGAGGAGUCGCACACACAGAAACACACAUACACAGCCUAGCGGAGCCCCCACACGCACACACACGGCAAACACACACAAACACACACGAACAUCCAAAGGCGAACUGCAGUGAAGCAACAAAAACAACAAUAACACAGAAACAUUGCAGUGAGAAAGCAAAAGGACGAUAUGCAGGUCAAUGUCGCUGGUCUGCGCAGAAACAUCAAGAACCUUGCGCACAACUACUCCGAUGCCCAGGUCAAAGUGCGCGAGGCUACCUCGAAUGACCCCUGGGGUCCGUCGGCCGCCAUCAUGGGCGAGAUAGCGGACCUCACCCAAAAUGUGGUUGCCUUUUCGGAAAUCAUGCAGAUGAUCUGGAAGCGUCUGAAUGACCACGGCAAGAACUGGCGCCAUGUGUACAAGGCACUCAUUUUGCUGGAGUAUCUGAUUAAGACCGGAUCAGAAAAGGUGGCCCAGCAGUGCAAGGAGAACAUCUUUGCCAUUCAAACCCUGAGAGAGUUUGUGUACUUCGAGGAGGGCAAGGAUCAGGGCACCCAUGUUCGUGAGAAGGCCAAGCAGCUGGUCACUCUCCUCAAGGAUGACGAGCGACUAAAGAACGAGCGUGCGAAGGCGAUGAAGGCCAAGGAGAGAUUCGCUCAGCACCCGAGUGGAUUCGGCAGCGAUGGUUAUAUCGAUGGACCAUCACAACGAGACCUGCCGCCAGGCUGGCAGGAGGAGCCACCCAAAUCGGUUUCCGAGCUCGAAAUGGUUCGUCCCCAGACGGCCGGCGAGGAGGAGCUGCAGCUCCAGCUGGCAAUGGCCAUGUCACGAGAGGAAGCGGAGCAGGAGGAGGCCAAGCGGCGCAGUGAUGAUGUGCGUCUGCAACUUGCGCUCAGCCAGAGUGAGCAGGAUUUCAAGGAUCCAAACGGACGACCUAUUCCUGCGCCCAAGAAGGAGGAACAACAGAGCCAUUUAUUAGAUCUGCUGGAUAUUUCUCUAGGCGCUACAAGCAUCUCGAGUCCGCCGCUGGGCGCUGCAGGCGGCGCCCCCGCGGCUGUAGUCGAUCCCUGGGCCACGCCUGGUCCGCGAGCUCCCAGCCAGUUGUCCGAUCCCUGGUCAGGUACAUCCUCGCCCCAAGUGGAUCCCUGGAAUCCCUCCGCUGCCCCGCGAACCAUCAUGGGUGCCGGAGUGCCGAUGAGUUCGGCGCCAUUGGGUGCAGGAGCUGGAAACGAUGUCUGGGGAGCUCGCACUCAAUCGCCAUCGGUGGCCUCGGGCUCAUCCAACGAGGGUUGGCUGCAGACCAAUGGCAAUGCCAACCAAAAUGGACGUGGAGCCACUCCGGCCGGUGCUCCUGCUGAAGGCUGGCUGAUAAAAUCAACAGCUGCCGGAGCUUUAGGAGCUGCGCCCGUUAACCAUGCGGCCAAUAAUGGUAGCUCAUCUUCGGAUCCAUGGCUAGCAGAGUCAGCAGCACCCGCGGCUGGAGGAGCAGCAGCAGCAGCCAGCUUGGCAGAUCCCUGGGCAGCAGGAGCAGCACCUCAAACGGGUGCGGGGGCACUAGAUGAUCCCUGGAAAGCCCUGGGAACAGGCGCCAUAAAGAAACAAUCACCCGAGUUUGAUGAGUUCGACUUGAUUACCAACCGGAACAAGAGUGAGCACAGCAAUUCCAACGCCUCCAACAACAACAAUGCCUCUCUGCUCGACGACAUGGAUCCGCUAUCGGCAAACUACGGAAAUGGAGCUAUAAGCAGCAGUAUGCAUCCGUCGACGGGCGCCACGGCAAAGAAACCUAUAAAGGAUGCCCAUUCAUUCCUCGGCGAGAACUCUGCGCUUGUUAACCUGGACAAUCUGAUCAAACCGAUUGCGCCACAAACGCAAACGGGUAAUCAGCCGACGUACAAUCCCUUCAGCGACAACGUAGUGCCACCCAAAACGAAUCUAUUCCAGCAACAGCAGCCAGCCGUACCGUCCAUCAAUCAGCUGAAACAACAGGCCCCGUUUUCAGUCAGCAUGAACCAAGAUCCCUGGGCACCUGUAAUGGGUGGCGUUAGUGCGACUUCACAGCCAAAACUUCCGCCUCCCGUACGUCCCACUAGCCUCAAUUUGGGGCCCUCGUCUGUGGGUGAAUUUCAGCUGUUGAGUGCGUUUAGUAAUCCCAUCAUUCCCUCCGCCAACAUCCCCCAGCCACAGGCCAAUUCGCAGGUCUACAAUUAUGCGUAUCAAAGCAGCAGCAGCACCAAUAUCCUUGGUAAUAGCAAUAUCCCGAGCAAUAUGAAUAGCUCCACCAGCAACAGCACCAUACACAGCUUUUACGCAAGUCCGAGUCCGGGUGUCGAUGGCAUUCGCAACAUGGAUAUAUUCACCGAACGUCCGUAUUUUAAUAGUCCAACAGCACCUGUUGAUGAUAGCUAUAUGUACAACAGCAAGGAUAAUAACAAUAUCAACAGCAACUAUGGUACUCCCAGACUUUAUUCAAGUUAUGCUGCCAGCUAUAGCAGCGCCCUAUCCGAAUCACUAGCCGAAACCCCUGGAGUUAGCGUUGCUCCCAUGGGUUUUGUGGCCGAUCCUGUCAUGAGUUUUGGCCCCUCAACCUCGUCGGCCAACUGCAAGCUGGAACAAAAUAACAACAUGCCGUGGAUCAAACCGGAAGCAGCUACAAAUCCGUUUUUGUCGUAAAUUGACGCCGAUCAGUCAACAACAAUGUAAGCAGGAGCAGCAGCGGGAUCAUCAAUUAAGGGAAAGUCAACUAAUAAAGGCCUGACUGGUGUAUAAGAAGCUGUCCAAUAGCGUUAGCAACAAUAGUAGCAGAAGCAACCAACUUUAGCUCUACAUAACUGCAGAGAGGGAAAUAUGAAUUAAUUAAUAAAUUAUGUGUAAGGAAGUAUUAUUAAAGUGUAAAAUAUGUGAUGUAUGUGAGAGAGAAAGCCAAGAUCCAGCGAAAUAGAAAUUGAGGAGUUAAAUAGAAA